CUAUUCCUUCAUCAAAUCUUAGGAGUCUUUGCCAUUGUGUCCUACGGGCAGCCUCCUGCCGAGAGUCUGUUUAUUGUGUUUGUGUCAUUAUUUACAAGACUAGUGUUUACUUAGUGUGUCUAAGGCCUGAUUUAUACUUCCAACUAAUGUAAAUUUACACCCCAAUCUUGUUUAAUCUCCCCCUGCUGGGCUCACACACUUGACUGCACAGUCACAGAACAGAUUUCUUCCUGUUAGAUCACAUUAGGUUCUCCAAUUUUAGAGCUCUACCUUAUUCAACACUUUCUAACUGCAGACUCAGAGACCUGGCUAGAUAGAUCCUCACUGUUAGGAGCAUGCCUCAGCACAGUCUAUAGAACAUCUUUGGCACAUCAUUGGUGAUUGCUUCAUGCAUACUUACAAAGCACUUAGACAUCUUUCAAGGAAAGGCGAGAGAGGCAUCGUUCCCAGUGGGUUCAUGUGUGAUUCACGAGCAGAGAACCAGCAGCUGACUGAGGACAGAUUUCCUCUCAUCUCAUGGAAGGGGCUUGCAAGGAAGAGAUGACUUCUUCCCAUGGUGGAUAGAGGAAGAUGCUCUGGUUUGAGGUGAUUCAAGAGAGAGAAGACGCUGGGGUUUGGUACAGCCUUUUGUGGAAAGUUUUCUUCAUCAAGUCCAGAUUGUAAGGGACAACUCUGCUCUGUUCACACCCUGUCCAGAUUUUUGAGGAUGCCAAUUCCAGUUCUGUGUGAUAGAAGUCUCAGGACCUUCUUUUGCAUCCUUGCGUAGAGGAAAGUGUUCUUAUUCUCAGUAGCUAAAGCAAACUGAUGAUAUAGAAACACCUCCAAGAGUAACUGCAGUUACUUAAGUUCAGUGACUACUGGCUGCGCCAACAGUUGAACAUAUGCUCAAAUGUCUUGCUGUGCUGUGGGCUAGCUCUGGAUGGAUUUAUUGCUGGUAAUUAGAAGAAGGCAAUGUAAGUAGGAGCUCAUUCUUUGGAGUUUGACUCUGCCAGCUGCCAGUCAGCCCUAUGCAAGUCUCUAGCCCUGACACAAAUUUGUUAGAUGUUGCCUACAAAUGACUGAGAAAGAAAAUCAAGAAUGAGGGUGAUGAGAGGGACAUGAAGAGUGAAAGGGACAGGCAGGAGAACCUGAAGUAGGUGAGUGGCCAGGAAAUUGCCUCUAACAGCAAGAGCCUCACGUGGGAGCGUAAAUAUUUUCUUUGACUGUUCAUCUGUGCUGCCCACUGGUAUUUCAGACACAUCAGUGGCAAUGUGGGUUUUGGGCCUACAUGUGGCAAAGGCAAGCGACCUUUGAAAUCAAGAUGAUCACCUAUCUGAGGAAAACCGAGACCACUGUACUAUCUGCUAAUGUGAACAUAGAACCAUUCUGGCUAACCCAGCCUUAGAGUUGUUUGAGACUACCUGCGGGCUGCCUUCUGCUGCUUUUGAGAGUAUGGCUAGUAUGACAGGAUUGGAAGCACCGUUGGGAACGGCUAGAAUAACCCUGGUUUGUGUAGGAAAAACCUAGGUAGUUUAUGACCCUUUCUGCAAUGAGAAGACCUAUUUGCAAGCUUAUGAGAAGGAAAGAGGUUUGCAAAAGCCUGGAGGUAACUCUGGGAUGGGGUGAUCCCGUGGAGAAGACAGUACGUCCAGCUGUCCUUGAUGCCUUGAUUUCCAAGCUGUUGCUCAGGGACUCAAGGGGAGGAAGAGUUUAGAUGGAAGAGGGUCUCAUUGUCUCAGCAAAAGGGUAACUCCCUCUUUCAUAUCACAGAGAGAUUCAAUAGCAGGACAAGACAAAAGGAUACGCAGCAGGGCUGAAAGGUCCUUCCUCUCCUGAGUAGUCCCCAUCAAGCCAAUGGGUAAAUGUCUGCAGAAGAGGACCACACUGAAGUUCUGUUGGUUUCCUGGGCAUGUAAUGUGAACACUAUGACUAAGAACAUGGAAGCACAGGAUACAUAGGAUGUUCUGCACGUGCCCAGCAAAGCCAGCAUUUCCAGAACAUGUGGGACUCACACAUCAUGUGUGAAGACCAUCUAUGAGACAAUCAUUCAGGCAUCUCUGAUAUGGCUCAGAAAAUUGAAGUCUACCUGCCAGGUAAGUGUCUUGCACAACGAUAGACACCGAUCAGGCACUGUGCUGUAUGAUAGAGUGUACUCAUACAGUGAGAGCAUCUAGGAUGUACAAAAAUCUGUCAGCUCUGCUGCUCACGUCUCCCUGCAUCUGCCAGAGGUCCAGAAAUCCAAACAAACAUAGGAAGUCCUGAAAAUGUCCAGAAAUAUCCUGAAAAUAGGCAGAAUUCCUAGGUGGAAGAGCAUGAGUUCAGGAAAAUAUAAGCACAUGUGAACAAUAUCCUCUUUAACGUAGGCCAUCUUCAAUGUACAGACAUUGCUAUACUGUUCUAUGAAUAUUUGAGCAGGCAAUAACAAAUUCCAGUACAAUAUUCUGUGAGCCUGAUCAGUGCUGAUUUACCAUGCUCUUUGCUGUCCUUGCCAAAAUUGGUGACUAUAUGCAGAUGUACAUGUAAGGAAAGACCUCUGGGACUCGCUAAUAAACAGUAUAUAGUGAACGGUUCUUCUGUAAAAAAAAAGCUAUUGUUUGUUUAUGACUGCAUCACCAUUUCAUCUUUUUAGGGUUCCUGUAAGAAGUGAACAGUUAACUUCAGCAAGUAUGUAGUGGCUGGUUGUUUCAUGACAAGUGGAAAACAGAAAGAAGCUUUUUUUGAUUGAAGGUGAAAUUCAAGGUGUGAGUGGCUGUUAUCUAUAUCUUCCAUACCUAUGAGUCCCCUAUAAGACAGACUAAGGAAUAAUAAAGAUGUUGUGAUGGCAUGAAUGAUUCUUUAGAUGAUGUUCUGCUUAAGCAUUCAUUUUUUUCAAUCUGUUUUCUUACUUUAAAGUGCUUUUUAAUGUAUGAAGCUUUGAUGCUACUUGUAACAAGCAGAGAACCCUGGCUGCAUGCAGGUACCAUUCAUGAACAACAAAGUCACAUUAGAAAAGUGUAUGGAUUUUCUUUGGAGAAACAAGGGAUUUUUUUUUUUGGCAGGAACUCUGGUUAUUAAAACAGAUAACAUAUAAGAAAGGAGAGAGUCUUUUUCUGCUGCCACUGAAGAUGUUCAGGCUAGGGUUUCCAGAUUGAUUCAGGUAUUGGGCAGCUUUAAGUCACCUGAAAAUUUGUGGCCAAUGUACACUUUUAGUCAUUAAAAUGAGGUGGAGCAAAUCUGGACUUGGGAGGCCUAUAGCCAGACCCCCUGUGGUCUACAUUGAUUCUGCCUAUGAAGACUAAGGCCAUAGCCAUUGAUUUUUUUAUUUCUCUUUUUUACUGCCAGGUCUCCAAGAAGCUGGACACUGGCUGCUGCUCUCAGUUUGUGACUACAACCUGGUUGCACUGGUUCAUAUCUUCUUCCUUUUCUCCUAUUUUUCUCUGGUACUUGGAGGGAAAAAUAUAUCAUACAAUGCAUCAGCUUCCUGUUCCAGUCCUAUGAAAAAUUUAUGGAGAUGAGCCAGCUUUGUUCCUUGUAGCAUGUUUGCAUAUGGUUUGGAUGCAGAUUGUUCCUAUAGGGACAAUGAACAUGUCACCUGGAAGAGCAGCUGGUUUGCAUAUGAUAUCAGCUACCGAACUGUUCAGUGCCAGAAGUGAACAAUUUGCCACCCAUAAAAUCUUUCAUAUAUGCUAGCAUAAAGUUAAGUAGGAGCUGAAGUUGCAUGGUUCAACUAUCUUUCUGUUUGCCUGCUCUAAACAUAAAACCUGCCGCUAGCAUGGGGAAUGUAUUCAUGAGUGAAGUUUAUUGACAGGAAAACAAUUGAAGGAACUGAGCUCUUUCCAGAAACAAUAAGUGGGCUUUAAGGAAGGUAUAUUUGAGGGAUAAAAUUCUUGUUGCUGUGCAAUACCCUGUGUGAGCCUACAACAACCAUAAUAAAUACGCAGGAGUGAGUGGGAACAAGACUGUUAACGUAGGAGAAAACUAAAAUUGCAAUGCAAUCCUAAGUCUUUUGGAGGUGAUGCAAAACUUGCCACUAAAUAUGAACAAGAUUUGGAUGGGGCCUAUAGCAAGUACAAAUUGAUGACUGCACGGGAUCCAGGUCCUCACAAUGGGAUCAUCUAUUUCCUUUCAAUAGAGUGAUUGGUGUUCUCAGUGUUCACUUUGGGGAAGGCUUUUUAUUGAAAAGAUUUCAUCCUUGUUGGACUGCUGUAGAAACGAGAACCAUCAUUCAAUACCUAUGAGGACAGUACAGAUUCUUAAACACAAUUACAUCUUUACACUAAGAGGAAAACAAUUAAGUGACUUGAAUUAAAACAGUGAUGGUGUAAAAGAAAGUGAGAAUGGUGAAAGGAGACCUAAUUGUGUGAAAAAGGAUAUAGGUAAGUGGGCAUGAUUAGACAAGGAAAUGAACAUCCCAGGAGGGACUGGAUACUGGAGGACUGAUGAGAUACCCGGCAAGAGGGACUCUUGGAAAAUAUUCUAAAGGGAAAAAGAAAUCGAAACAUUGUUUGGAGAAUGUAGGACAUUUCUGACAGCUUCUCGCCGAUUAUGCACUGUAAAAAUGGCAAGUGACUGGCUACUUUCUGUGCCUGAUAUUUAGAGGAGACUCUGCAUUUCGUCUCUCAGCAUUCUUUUCUGCCUCCUUUGGACUGGCAUUCCUGUAUAAUACACUCACAAGACAUCGUUUUAAGGAAAACAAAGACUGAAGGCUUUUUGUUGGAUAAUACAUCUGGAGGUCGUACAAAUGGAGAAGGGAUUGUGAUUGAACCCCUCCGACAGGAUAAACACAUCUUGUCAUUGCUACUAUGGAGGUAGCACUCAUGGCAAUGAGACUGGCAUUAAGGUCUCACCGGAGAUUUAACUGCAGUAUGCUUUUGCAAUAGCAGUGCAAGCUUCCCCACAGCCCUUUGGUGCGUUCAGCUCUGACCCAAAGCAAUCCAGAGUGCUGCAUUGCUCAUGAUCUUUUGAAGCACGAGGCUCUUCCAGAAGAAAUUAUUAAAGACUCAACUCAGUCUCCUGCAAUAGGAUACAUCAUCACUAUUGCCUAGAUGAAGGAGUACAGAGAGCCAUAUAGGACUUGAGGCUGAAGAGUACUUAAAAUUUAAGAUAUCUCCACUCCUUUCAAGACUAUCAUCAGAUAAUCCAUUGGAGUUUUAAAAUCCUGAUCAUUACUGUGAAUCUCAUUAAAGGACACAAGAAAGAAGCCAUAAUUUGCAAGGAUGGCUGAAAUGCGAAACUUCACUCAGGCAGUGGAAGAUAUUUUCAAGGAAACCUUUCUCACUUACAUGAAUGGCUGGAGGAAAAACAUGACGGAAGCGGCAGAUAAAUUGCAAGCCAAGGUUGAUGCUGAAAACUUUGACUAUGUUAUCCUUUAUUUGAUGGUGAUGAUUGGGAUGUUCUCCUUCAUUAUUGUGGCAAUCUUGGUGAGUACUGUGAAAUCAAAGAGACGAGAGCACUCCAAAGACCCCUAUCAUCAGUACAUCGUUGAGGACUGGGGCGAGAAGUAUAAAAGCCAGGUCCUGAAUCGAGAUGACCUCAAGUGUGUGAUCCAUGAAAACAUGGGUGCAAGGGACAAAACAAGCCCUGCAUCACCUUAACUUUUUGGGAACACCAGCAACAAGGAAAUCAUAAAGCCACAUGAAGGGAACUCACUGGAAUUACAAAUACGUGUGAAACUGUUAAUUAAAUUAACAGAGUUUGGAGCAUAUGAGGAGCUUCCGGAGGAAUCACUAAUAUUUUCAUUUCUGCUUCUUCAGAUGCUUCUGCCCUGGUCUGUGCCUUUAGAAGUGUG